UGUCUCUUUAUUCUGCAUUACGAAAACCUGUAAGAUAAUAGAAAAAUUUCACUAAUCGUUACAGUUAGUCUGUGUUCUGUUAAAAGUUAUGAAUUCAUAAAAUAGAAAUCUCUGGAAUACAAUUUAUUGAACAUUCAGCUGAAUAAAUGUAGCUACUGAACGAAAAAUGUUGAUUGUCUACUGAUACAAUUGGUUAAUUGCCUAAUGAAUUCUUGGAUAUUAAUAAGUGAUGAAGUACUUUAAGAUUGCAUCAAAACAACAAGGAAAUUUCAUCAGACUGCAGUUUAAAAACUAGAGAACUGAAACUGAGAAACAGAUACAAAAAACAAUGUGUAUGUUCUUAUGAGGGAAACAAAAAUGUCCGCGUUUUUUAGUCUUGCGUUUUUUUCAAUUUUAUUCUGUGGAACUCUUGCAAACACCAACGCAACUAACAACCAGACUGAAAUAUUGGAAUCAUGGAUAAAAUUGGACAAUAUUCUAAAAGGAGCAGCACAGUCUGUAAUAAAAUAUUUGAUGCCCAUGAUCUUGGAAUCUUCAAGUGAAGUGAAUUUAACUUCUCAGUGUAUACAGCAGAGUUUUCAGCUAGUGACUGGCUUGAGAAGUCUUAAAAAAUGGGCCUUCAGUUUUGUUGAUUCAAGUGCAAAGCUGUCCGAUGGACUCCUGAGCGGUUCGUUUUCUUCUUUUGGAGAAUAUGACCAGUGCUUGGAAACUGUUGUUCCUCACCCAAAGAAGAAGGAUGAGAUCCAGUUUCAAGGUCAAUACUGCAUGGUUGAAAUGACUCUUCCUUUGCCACCCAAGACUAGAAGAUACAGAAUAUACGACCAGUUGGAAGAGCUACGGAACUUCACUGGAACGGAACUUGUGAAAUUUUUGACAACGAAAGCUCAUCUUAUGUAUUACUUUCCUGUCAAAAUGGGGGUUUGCAUUCCAUCUGGAUGCACCAAAGAGGAUUUAAAUAAUGUAUUGUCUUAUGCUGCUUCCAAACUAAACGCUGAUGUUAAAAUAUCAUAUUGUGAAAAAGCGAAUGAAAAAAUGUCACUUCAUGGAAUUCAAAUCUUUGCUAUUUUUAUCAUUUGUUUCCUGAGUUUGCUAGUCAUUAUUGGUAGUUGGAUGGAUAUACACUCUAAUUCCAAAAGCAAUAGUACCAAAAACACAUGCCUGCGAAUUCUUUUGUCUUUCUCUGCAAUUUCUAAUUUCAAGCGCCUCUUCAGUACUAAAAGCUCCAUGGAGAAUUUCAGAUGUCUUAAUGGGAUUCGUUUUUUUACUAUUGCGUGGGUUAUAUAUGGACAUGCGUAUUUAUUUCCUGGGAUGUUUGCCACGAAUUAUAGGUCGCUGUUCCGAAUGCCCGAACGUGCAUCUGUACCAGGUGCUCAAAUGAUUAUUAAUGGGUCUGAGUCAGUUGAUAUUUUCUUUUUCAUUGGAGGAAUGCUGGUGAGUUAUCUUACAAUACAUCGAGUAAAAAUCGAAAAGAAGACGUUUAACAUCCCAAUGUUUGUGAUACAUAGAUUAUGCAGAAUUAUCCCAGUUGUCUAUUUUAUAAUAGUAGUCAGCUUCUUACCUCCGCUGAUGGGGUCUGGUCCAGCAUUCCACUAUGUAAUGAAGAAUACGCUUGAUUCCUGUUAUGAACAAUGGUGGAGAAAUGCCCUUUUUAUUAAUAAUUUCUUUUAUUCGGAAGAUAUGUGUUUAAAACAAACUUGGUAUGUCUCGUGUGAUAUCCAGCUUUAUCUCAUUUCAAUAAUCGUCUUGAUAGCCUUCAUAAGGUCUGAAAAAGUUGGAUUUGCUCUAAAUAUUUUUAUUAUUUUGCUAUCGAUUGCGUAUACUGGGAUUAUGACUUACAUUCACGAUCUUUCUCCAACAAUUGUAUUGACACAUUUGAAUAUUGAUGAUGAAUAUGUUUUUUUCGUGCACUCCUACGCAAACGUUCUUUCUAGAGCAGGACCGUAUUUUAUUGGAGUUUUUACAGGGUAUAUUUUAGUCAAGAAUUCACAAAUAAAACUUUCAAAGAAAAUUCUAGUAGUUGGCUGGAUCUCUGCAAUUCUUUCAAGUGGAAUGAUUAUUUUCGCUACAGCCAUUUGGCUCAAUGUGCGUCCUGCCACUUUCCUUGAUACUCUCAUUUACUCAGCUGUAUACAAAGUAGUAUUUACUGCAGGAAUAGCAUGGAUGACAUUUUGCUGUAUCACAAGGCAAGGAGGAUUCUUAAAUACUAUAUUAUCAUGGAAAGUUUGGAUGCCAUUGAGUAAGCUUGUAUUUCUCACUUAUCUCAUUGAGCCCAUGUUUCAACAUUUCUACAUGGCCAACUUCAGAUCAACCCAAGAAUUUUCACAUCUUCAUAUGGCUGUGCAAUUCUUUGGUUUCCUUUGUAUCUCUAUGCUGUUAGCACUUGUUUGCACCUUAUUAGUGGAAUCGCCUUUUCUAAAUUUAGAAAAAAUAGCUUUCAGCUCAGUAAGCAACAGAGAAGACAAAAAAGAGGAAAAUGAUGACAAAAAUAAUGUUUCCGAAAGUCAAGAAGGGAGAAAAAUGCACGGGUCUUUGGAAAUGGUUGCAUCUGAAAACGGUGUGGAUAAUAAAGGUUUUACAAGAUGUUAAUAUUUUAGUUUCUACAAAUUUUACAUUUAACACAGAUUUUUACAGCUAACGGGCCUUAUUUAUUUAUUUGGAGAAUAAUACAGAUAUUAUUUACAGAUGAGAAAGUUUAAAAAUUUCGAAUACGAUGAAAAAUUUCAGUUUGCGUUGUUUGCUUUAAAACUGUUGCUUUAUU